AUGGCUUCAAUGGAGGUGGCCAGCCGCUCAGGCGGCGCCAUGACGCAACUCUUGCGACGCGCCGGCCCCAAUGCCGUCCGAUCGGCUGCUGCCAUUUCCGCUACGAGAGACUCCCGGAGAAACUUCUCGUCGGCCAAGUCGCUUCCCCCCACCUACGAGAAGCUCUACACCAAGUACACCGAGGUCCGUCGCGUGCUCGGCAAGCAGCGUCUGACCCUCGCCGAGAAGAUCCUCUACAGCCACCUCGACAACCCUGAGGACUCGCUGCUCACAAACACCGACAAUGGACGCAGCAUCCGCGGCAAGGCCAACCUGCGCCUCAAGCCUGACCGUGUCAACAUGCAGGACGCCUCCGCCCAGAUGGCCAUCCUCCAGUUCAUGUCUUGCAACCUGGCCAAGCCUGCUAUUCCCGCCAGCAUCCACUGUGACCACUUGAUUGUGGGUUCCAAGGGUGCUGAGGAUGAUUUGGAGGCCGGUAUUCAGACUAACAAGGAGGUGUUUGACUUCCUUGAGUCUGCGGCGCGCAAGUAUGGAAUGGACUUUUGGCCUCCUGGUGCCGGUAUUAUUCACCAGACUGUCCUCGAGAACUACGCUCUUCCUGGACUGAUGAUGCUUGGUACCGACUCUCACAGCCCUAACGCUGGUGGUCUCAGCACUGUGACCAUCGGUGUCGGUGGUGCUGAUGCCGUUGAGGCUCUGGUUGGUGCUCCUUGGGAGCUUAAGGCCCCCAAGAUCCUCGGUGUCCAGCUUGUCGGCAAGCUCAACAACUGGGCUUCCCCCAAGGACAUUAUCCUCCGCCUCGCCGGACACCUCACUGUCCGUGGAGGUACUGGCUCCAUCAUUGAGUACUUCGGGGAGGGUGUCGACACCCUCAGUGCGACUGGUAUGGCUACUGUGUGUAACAUGGGAGCAGAGGUUGGCGCCACGACAUCCAUCUUCCCCUACACCGAGGCCUCGGCUAGAUACCUCGAUUCGACCCGGCGAUCGAACGCGAACAAGAAUAUCGAGGCUCUCGAGAACUUUGCCAGCAACAGCUCUGACCCCGAUGCUCAGUGGCGAUUCAAGGCCGACGAGGGUGCCGAGUACGACGACCUCAUCACUAUCGACUUGUCUACUCUGGAGCCUCACAUCAACGGCCCCUUCACCCCUGAUUUGGCCACUCCUCUUUCCAAGUUCAAGGAGGUUGUCAAGGACCAGCAAUGGCCAGAGGUUCUGUCUGCCGGUCUCAUUGGUAGCUGCACCAACAGCUCUUACGAGGACAUGACCCGAGUCGAGAGUCUGCUCAAGGACGCUAAGGCGGCUGGUCUCAAGCCUGCUGCCGACUUCUACAUCACUCCCGGCAGCGAGCAGAUCCGAGCCACACUUGAGCGUGAUGGUACUCUUGAGACCUUCCAGGAGGCUGGCGGCAUCGUCCUCUCCAAUGCCUGUGGUCCCUGUAUUGGUCAGUGGAAGCGACAGGACGGCGUGACCAAGGGCACCAGCAACGCUAUCCUGACUUCUUACAACCGAAACUUCCGUGGCCGCAACGAUGGAAACCCUGAUACCAUGAACUUCCUCGCCUCCCCCGAGAUCGUCACCGCCAUGGCCUUUGCUGGUUCGACCACAUUCAACCCUGUGACCGACAGCAUCAAGACCCCUGACGGCAAGGACUUCAAGUUCUCUCCUCCUCAUGGUCUUGAGGGCCCUCAGACUCCCUUCGAGUCCGGUAACCCUUCACUAGGCGUCCUGUCUCAGGCCCCUGACGCCAACGCCCAGAUCGCCAUCUCCCCUACCUCGGAGCGUCUGGCCUUCCUCGACCCCUUCCCCCCAUUCCCCUCGUCCGACCUCUCCGGCCUCCGUGUUCUCGUCAAGGUCACUGGCAAGUGCACGACUGAUACCAUCUCUGCUGCCGGCCCCUGGCUCAAGUACAAGGGCCACCUGCCCAACAUCAGCACCAACACCCUCAACACAGCCAUCAACGCUGAGACUGGUGAGGUCAACGCCGCUUACGACCUCGACGGCUCCAAGCACACCAUCCCUGAGCUCGGCCAGCUCUGGAAGGACCGUGGUCAGGAGUGGCUCGUCGUCGCCGAGCACAACUACGGUGAGGGUUCCGCCCGUGAGCACGCCGCCCUGCAGCCCCGAUACCUCGGAGCCCGUGUCGUCCUCACCAAGUCGUUUGCCCGUAUCCACGAGACCAACCUCAAGAAGCAGGGUGUCGUGCCCCUGACUUUCGAGAAUGAGGCCGACUACGACAAGAUCGCCGCCGGUGACGAGGUCGCCACCGUCGGCCUCUACGAGAUGCUCCAGAACGAGGGCAAGGGUGAAGUCCAGCUCCGCGUCACCAAGGCCUCAGGCGAGGAGAUCCUCAUCCCGACCAAGCAUGCCGUCACCAAGGACCAGGCCGGCUUCAUCCUUGCCGGCAGCGCCCUCAACCUGCUGUCCAAGGGCGUGUAG